AUGCCAAGCGAAGAGCCGCAUCCGCAACCAAGAGUCACUCCUGUUUCUGCUUUCAACAUCGAUACAGGUCCAUCAUAUAACGCGGUUGCAUCGUCUACGACACCACACACCUCGGACCCCACUGCCGUCUUCUCAAACCCUACUAAUCUCUUCACAACACCGCAACCCACGCCUCAACCCGCACCAACCAAUCCACCCCUUUCUACCCAAUGCGAUGACAACAUUCAUCUUUUGUGUACUGUCGAUGCCUCCCGCGUCCGCGACCGCUGGCUCGAAGGCUGGGUCCCGCGCCCUAACCAACAGUCCAAAGACCUGCCUCGCGGUACUGCAGUCUUUAUUCACAGCAUCUUGAAAGCGUAUCCGCAAUCGUUAUGCAAGGGCGAUUUGCCUCCCAUUAUCCACGACCUGCAGUUGGUAGACGGAAAGCUGCCCUCAGCGCUUGCGAACUGUGUCAGCAUCGCUCGAAUGUGGGAGGGGCAGAGAGAAGGUGGAGGAGCCUUGGUGAAAGACACGUCGCUCAGAGAGAUGGAGAGGUUGUUCGCAGAGAAAGAGAAGUAUGGGCAGUGGGAACUGCUAGCAGCUUUCCAGGCGUACAUCAUGUACGUCACGCUUCUGCUCGAUCCGGCGGGUGAGCCCGUGGUCCCUCAGGAUGUUAUGCUCAACCUGCAAGACUUUGCGCACACCAUCGCCGUCACUGGUCUUGUUGACCCUUCCGAUCAUCCAUCCUGGGCUGCUUGGGCCCUUGCCGAAGCUAAACGCCGUGCUCUCUUCGCGAUGUACAUGCUCGACGACAUUGUGAAUUUCUUCUCGCACGUUCCUUGUAUCAUGGGCGAUGAAUUAGCGGACCUUCCGGCGCCAUGCAGCGAGAAGCUGUGGCGUACGGAUGAGGAGGGGAAGUGGCGGAGGUUGUACGGUGAGUCUUUCUUGUACACAGCAUUGCUUCUAUCUUGGCGAAGGUUUCUAUUCUUCGUGGUGGAGACAUGGGCGAAGUACUAUAUUCCUACGUACGAGACAGAUACUGACCUGGGAGCAAGAUGUGCAUGUUGCGGAGUGGGAGGGAGGCGGGCUGAGGCUGAACGAGCUCUGGCCGAGGACGGGGGAGAAAGAUGGAGCGAGAGUUCAGAAAUGGGUGGGCGAGAUGGAUGCGUUGGGGAUGACGAUAUUUGCAGUUACAACGGCGACGCAGUAUCCGUGAUGAGCGAGUUCUAA